GCUGUGGGAAAAUUGAAAUAAACGUUUGAAACAACUGACUCUGGAACCUUAUUUUGGUUGUGUUGAAAACUUCUGCAGCUGCUGUUCAGGUUUGUGGUCAGACUAUGGGAGAUAUUCCAGAUGUCCAGAUCACUCCUGAGACUCCAGGGAGGGCAGCUAUCCGUAACCCCUUCGAGAGCCCCAACGACUACCAUCGCCUGCAAGAAUCCGUGGUCCCCAGCCCCUCUGUCUUCAAGUCCUCCAAGACCUCCGGAGCUACACCAGCCAAGUUUACAUGGGACAUAGAUGAGAUGUCUAGCCUGCUCCCUGUGGACAUAGACGCUGAGGAUAUCCACCGCCAGUCCUUGUACCUCAGUCAGACCAGGAUGGAUUCUGACAUCGAGGAGAAACGUCAGAAUGCUAUCGAGCAGUUUUUCACGAAAGGCGCCAUUGUGCCUUCACCAUGGACCGAACCAACAAGCAAACAGAGAUCAGCACAGAUGCAGUUUGGGAAGAGUUCCAUGUCCCCACUGAUACUAGAAGAGCCACUACCAACUAAAACAACCACAGUAGGCUGCCAGACAGUCCUGUCCUUACCUGUGGACUUCCACCUGGACAAAAUAUUAGGAGAAUACUACAGAUUGAAGGAGGUGUCUCAGCAGGAUCAGGUUCAGGAGACCCUGAGCUCCUCGUCUCUGAGACGGAAGUUGUUUCUGGACGGCCAAGGGAGUGGCUCAGAGUCCUCCAGCCCCCCCAGCCCAGAAGGAGGAGGGGAGGGAGAGCCCCCUGGGGGAGAAGGGGGAGGGGAUAGAGAUUUCCUCUCCCCCAUGAGCGCCUCUCCUCUGCCCUGCCCGUUGUCUGGCAUGUCUGCCCUGACCCCCUCCACUGGUCUUUUCUCGUCCAGUCCUAUCCAGGGUCGUUACCGAACUUACAGCCUGGGAAGUGUCACCAGCCCCCUGUGCCCUGAGCGGUCCUCUCCUGCUGGCUUCCAGUCCCCUGCCCUGUCCCCCAUCGGACCACAGUUCACACAGACACCCAUCGCAGGAGAGAGGAGGAAGCUGAGCUUCGUGACCCCUGAAGGUGUUCCCCUAGACAUGGACAUCACCUCCUGUACAGAGAGCCCCUACGUAGACGGCUGUUCCCCCAUCCGCUUCUGCUCCUCGCUCCAGCCCCCGGGCCGGACCCAGGUCAACCCGGAGCUCAGACUCGGAGCCCGCUGCUGGGCCUCACCCCCAACCAUCUCCCCCAACCCUUCCCUCCUGGACCAGGACAAUAUAUGUCCUUCUACUUCACUACCACCCAUGGAGCUGGGCUCCUGCUCCCCCUCCCCAGUGCCGAGUGGACCCAGGACCAGUGGGGGUCCGCUGGGGCUGGGGAGGCUGUGUGAGGGGGGUUCGGGGAUGGGCCAGCCUCUGUUGGACUCAGUGAAGAUGGAGGAGGAGAACGAUGAGGUGGAAGUGGACCUGCCUGUGGAAGAGGAGGAAGGAGGUGUGACUCCUGUUGGUGUCCGGUUGACCAGCUCCCGUGUGGGGGCAGCAGAGGCGUCUCAUAUGUUUGUGUCUCUGCUAGCUGAAGGAAGCAGCAUCCCUUAUGAUAACAGCAUGCAGGUGGACAGUGGGUACAACACAUACGCUGGCACUGCCACCGCCAGCCUGAUAGAUGCCAUGAGUUCAGACAGCCAGAGUAAGGAGUCGUUUGACGCAGCACACAUCCCAGACGAGGCCUUCCCUCACAGCAGACACACUAAGACCAAG